AUGCAGCGCCACGACUUCGUCAGCCAGCGCUGCACCGCGCUCCAGCGCUACCUCCGCCGGCUGGCCGCGCACCCCGUCGUCGGCCGCAGCCCUGACCUCCGCACCUUCCUUACCGAGCCCGGCGCCAUCGCCGCCUUCCAAGGCGAGGCGCCGCGGCACUGGACCACCACGGUGAAUGCCGCCAUCCCAACGGUCCCGGCCAAAGCUGGGAGGGACUUAUUUGGGAUGUUUAAGGAUUUGAAGCAGACCGUUGUCAAUGGGUUGGUGGCCACGAAGCCACCGCCUGUGGAGGAGGAGACUGAUACAGAAUUCCUGUCGCACAAGUCCAGGCUCGAGGACUUGCAACAGCAGCUCACAACGACGUCUCAGCAGGCGGAAUCACUUGUUAAAGCUCAGGAUGAUCUUCGAACAACGACAGCUCAUUUGGGAAUGACAUUGAUUAAACUGGCAAAAUUUGAAAGGGAGCAGGCAACAUGUAAUUCCGAGAGAAGACGGGCUGGUGUUAUCCAACAUUUUGCAAAUUCUGUUGUCAAGUUCAGCAGAUCUCAGGCAAAAUUAAAUUCUGAAGUUGUACAACAGCUGGAUACUAUCCAUGAAUACUUGGAGAUGAUGAUAUCUGUUAAUCAUGCGUUUACUGAUCGUUCAAACGCUUUACAACAUGUGCAAAGUCUGUCAGCAGAUCUGUUUUUCUUGCACACUAGGGCAGGAAGACUUGAAUCUGUAUCAUCAAGAGGUAUUGGGCAGGAAUGGACAAGGUAUCAGAAGAUAGAGGGAUUGAAAGAAACAAUAAGCACAAGAGAAGGAGUGAAAAACCAAGCUCUUAGAGAAUAUGAAAGUAUUAAGAUCCCAGAGGGUGGUCUUUGUCUUUGUGCUAAGAUCCUGGGAGUGGAUCAUCACGAAAAUAACAUGACUGAAAUUAAAAGAUUUGACAAGGAUAGGCGUCGGGAUCUUAUUGAGAUGCUGAAAGGAUAUGUUGUAAACCAGGUCUCAUAUUCGGACCAUUUUGCUAAUAUGUGGGGAAAGGUCGCAGAGGAAACUAAAGGCCGGGUGUGGGACAAGCUGGCGGCCGCCAGGGUCGUCUACCUCGGCGAGGCCGAGCUCGUGCCCGACCCCGACGACCGCGUCCUCGAGCUCGAGAUCGUCACCAAGCUCGCCGCCCGCUGCGCCGACGCCCAGAGGCGCAUGUCCCUCGCGCUCGAGGCCUUCCCCUGCGACCUCCAGCAGCAGCUCGACGACUUCAUGCGCGGAAGGAUUGAUGGCAGCAUCUUAAAGUUGUACACGUCGCACUGGCCAUCAGAGCGUUGGAAGGAGUAUGAACCUCUUCUAAAUUUCUGUCGUGAUAAGGGAAUUAAGCUUGUUGCUACUGGAACCCCACUGCAGGUGAAAAGAACUGUCCAAGCAGAGGGGAUUGGAGGCCUUUCAAAAGCAGAAAGAAAGGAAUAUGCUCCUCCGGCAGGCUCUGGCUUCAUUUCUGGUUUUAGGUCUGGCCGGUCAUUCAUAGAGAAUAUUACAUCAACUCGUGACUCUCCUUUUGGUCCGAAUUCAUAUUUAUCAGCACAAGCAAGGGUAGUUGAUGAUUAUACCAUGUCUCAGAUAAUUAUGAAAGAACUUAAUGGUAAAGAUCCUCCAGGGAUACUAAUUGUUGUGGCAGGUGCAAGCCAUCUUAUAUAUGGGUCACGAGGAACUGGUGUUCCUGCCAGAGUAUCUAAAAAGUUGCCGAAGAAAGAUCAUGUUGUGGUACUACUUGAUCCUGAAAGACAGAGUAUAAGGAGGGAAGGUCAAAUCCCAGUUGCUGAUUUCUUAUGGUAUUCAGCGGCUAAAAUUUGCAGUAGAAAUUGCUUUGACCGUGCCGAAAUUGCUAGAGUUAUGAAUGCUGCUGGCAGGAGGCCUGAAGCUUUACCCCAGGAUCUUCAGAAAGGAAUAGAUCUUGGAGUUGUUUCUCCUGAGAUAUUGCAGAACUUCUUUGACCUUGACAAAAACCCUGUUAUGACUGAACUAAUUCACCGAUUCCAAGGUUUCCGGGAAAGAUUGCUCGCAGACCCAAAAUUCCUUCAAAGAUUAGCAAUUGAAGAGGCUAUAUCAAUUUCAACCACUCUACUAGCACAGUACGAAAGACGGAAAGGGCGAUUUUUUGAGGAAAUUGACUAUGUCCUCACUGAUACUAUUAGAGGGUCUGUUGUCGAUUUUUUUACAGUGUGGCUACCUGCUCCAACUAUUUCAGUGCUUUCUUUUACCGAUGAUGAUUCUGGUCAGAGCUUGGGCUUUGUCAAAGGCCUUCUGGGAUCAUUGCCAGAUAACGCGUUCCAAAAGAAUACCUUUGGUCGGAAUUGGAAUAUGAACCAGAGGGUCGCCGCAGUAAUAGUUGGUGGUUUGAAACUUGCUGGUGUUGGGUUUAUUUCUGGUGUUGGGGCUGGAGUUUCCUCAGAUCUCCUGUAUGCUGCUCGAGGAUUGCUGAAACCUUCAGCGAGUGUGGGAGCAGGGCGAAAGAGAGCUCCUGUUUUGAAGUCGGCAGCUGUUUAUAGUUGCUUUCUUGGAACAUCAGCAAAUUUGCGGUAUCAGAUCAUUGCUGGCUUAUUGGAGCAUCGACUAGGAGAGAGCCUGGCAACUCAGUAUAAUCAGCCACUUCUUGCUGGUCUCUUGUCCUUUGUAGCAAGGACAGUCAACUCAUACUUGGGAACACAGCAAUGGGUUGAUCUUGCUCGGUACACUGGAGUACAGAAGAUUCAGGAACAGCUUCCUUCCGAUGAGGUCACCACACCACCUGAAACAUCCCAGUUAGAGGACGGUAGAACCGAUGUACAGAACCCGGAUGAGAGCAGCAGCAGCAACGCAGACCGAUCGAGUGACCCGACCAAGUGA